UGAAUCGUCCUUGGUAGGUUGGCUUAACUGGUGUUCAUGUUUUAUGGGCAGCCACACGCUAACCAGUGACACGAAUGUUUUGUUGGUCUCCAGAGCCAGUUGGUUCUUGCAACUCUAUGAAUGAACGACGGCGUGUGCAGCACCAACGUGCCAGUUUUUGGCUAUGAACGUUAUAUACCUAACGACACUGUGGACUGUAACUACUCUUCAAUCAGCGAAUGGUGCAAAAAGGAUUCCAAACACUGCAGGUCCAUGGGAUGUGUGGAUUGAGCGAUUCAGCAUGUGCAGUGACGAUGACAAACGGGUGCAGAUGAAGUUUUCACACUACAAUCCUAACAAAAAGUUUGAACCGCAAGUGUGGACUGGCCUCAUGAAUGUCACGCACGAGUUUACUGACGACUGGUGGGCCAAUGCGAUUCUAGACGUUCGUAACAACAACCAGUGGAAAGAAAACGCCUUUAUAUUUAAAUUUCCAAAGAGAGGUUGUAGCGCCGCCAGAGAUUAUCCGCCACCCGAUUUUUACGAGUACUUCAGCGUCAAAGGGACGCCUUGCCUUGUGAAGCAGGUAUGCUCAAUUGGACAAUAA